UAUUUCCUUCUGUUGCAGGUCAUUCGUAUCAGGCGAGGGGUAUGCCAGACGUCUUCGCGUAGCUCAUAGUUGGAGUUCCCGAACGUUUGAGCUUUCCCCUCGCAACUGAGAUGAUGAUAAUCAACAAAGUGAAUGUUAAUGCCAUGACCCUGAGGCUUGUGUUCGUGUUCUUCGUGGGGUGCUUGGAAAUGUGUUCCUCGUUGACGUGGGGUGCGGACUUGCACGGGAGCGACGAAUUCACUCAAGCCGCCGUCAAUGUCUCUUAUAUCGAUUCUUGGACGGGGGAAGUGUUUCGCAGUGAAUUCGGAGAAAUUGCGCGUUAUGGGAAUGGGAAGAUCGGAGAAGCGGGUGGAUACCUCCUGGUCCCGAAUCGAACUCAUUUACAUGGGUGUGACUUCCCGUGGGGAAUUCCUCAUCUCCCGCAGCCUGACACUACCUGGAUCGCUUUUGUCCAGAGGGGCGGCUGUAAUUUCGACGAGAAAAUAGCCAAUGCAGCCAGGAUGAACGCCUCCGGCAUCAUCGUCUACAAUAACCGAGAUGACGGACUCCAGAAAAUGCAUAUUAGCACCAAUCUCAAGGAGAAGUUGGUGGCAGUGUUCGUGACGAGGGAGAAGGCGAGGGAUUGGGUGGUAGCUCUCGAGAAUGGCACCAACCUCUGGGUCCACAUCUCCGUCGGAACUCACUUCUCCUAUCGGGAAUUCCGCAACAUCAACAGGACUUCCAUCUUGUUCGUGUCUAUCUCAUUCAUUGUGCUCAUGGUCAUCAGCCUGGCCUGGCUUGUUUUCUACUACGUUCAACGUUUCCGAUACAUUCAUGCCAAGGACGCGCUUGCUAGGCGACUAUAUGGAGCGGCAAAAAAGGCACUUGCAAGCAUCCCUCUCAGACACCUCAAAGCUGCUGACAAGGUUGCAGCACCAUUCCAAGUCCUCUCAACCUUACAGAAGUCCAAGGAGAGGGAGAAUGCUGUGCAGUCUGCAUUGAGCCUUACAAAGUCCAUGAUAUUGUUCGUGUUCUCCCAUGCAAGUUAGUAUCAAUGUCCCAAGGAAAUGGGCCCCUUAUUCUUUUUUAAUUCUAAGCAUUCUGGUCUCUGGUCCCAUAUGUACUGCAUUCUCCAUUUAUGCUCCCAGGCAUGAAUUUCACAAAUGCUGUGUGGAUCCCUGGUUGAUGGACCAACGUACAUGUCCCAUGUGCAAGAUGGAUAUACUCAAGUACUAUGGACUCAUUUUCACAGGAAGUCAGGAAAGCAUUUUACAUAUGGACAUGGAAGAUCUGGUGACAUCUGCUUCAGAUGGAGAGCAUCAUCCACAGAUGACUCAUGUAAUUGUGGCUACAGCAACUGGAUCCAACAGGCGAGGAGGGAACAGUACUGGUCAGGAAUCCCAGGGUCACCAUUCCCAUCACUCUCGCCGGCAUCACAGUCAUCAUCACCCUCGUCGCCAGCAACACAGCCAUCAGUGUCAAACUUCAAGGAUAUCUUCCUCUUCCUCCCCACCCUCUCCUGUGUCUUCAGAUCCCUCUCCCAGGAGGCACAUGCCUCGCAGAGAGAGCUCAUCAAGCGUGUCUCAAGAGAUGCUUUUGCCAGUGGUCCAGGUGAGACCAGAAGCAAAUGAUUCUUCGACUCAGACUCAAGAUGCAACUCAGUCAGAUGCGUGAGAGAGAGAUUUUCAGUGAUUCCACAUUUUCUUCCUUUUGUUUUAUUUCACAUCUCACAACUAGUCACAGAUGAGAAGGUGUGAAACUGUGCAUAAUUGAGUGAAACAGUGUCAGCUUCCAAGAAGUGUAAUGGGCAGCUACUGGUGGCACCACUUCCAAGAAGAUCUGUGCCACCUACUUGUAUGAGUGAUGGGAGUGACAGCUGCUGACUGGGCUGUGAUAAUGUCUGGUUGAUUGGAUCAGUGUGAUUCGGAGACUACUCAUUCAAGGAAAUAAUAUUAAAGCUCCUUGACGUCAUCAAAA